AUGAACCCUCCGGUGCUGAAUCCUCACGAUACGGAUUCAACAUCUACCAAAGCAUUCACGAAAGGCAAAUCUUUCAAAAAAGAUAUGGCCAUUCUCUCUAUCGCGUAUACCCUCCAAGAAAGUUCCGAGCUCAAGAGGCUCAUCCAGCUUAUUGUCGUAAUCCGCGAUAAUGACUCGAAAGGCCAGCUUACCGAAGUUCUCGAGACCUGCGCUCGGUUCAGCGUUCAACUUGCAUCUGCCACUACCGAUGCCCAGCGUGCAGAAACCGCGCGGGCGGUGACAGCGUUUAAUAAACCUGAUCGUUCUGAAUGUUUCUAUCCACCAUUUAGGACAAUUGCGAAGCUCAAAACUAUCCAACUUAAUGGCGACAGCAAAUCCUUGGAUGGAUUGAUGGAUAUGAUAAAGGGAGAUAUUGAGGGGAUCAAGCCUUCGUUCGUGAGCGAUGGCGAACACGGAACUUCGGAGAAACUAUCCAAAGUGUUGGAUAUAACCAUCGGGACAACCAUCAGCAUCCUCACCCUCGUAGAGGAAGCCAGCUCUUUAAUACCGGUACCGCCGUCUCGGACUCUCGGAAGCAUAGCUGAAGAAUGUGAGAAACUUAGUCGACUCAAUCUCCUUUCGCGGUACUUGCAACAAAGUGCUCACAUGGGUGACCUCGAAGCUAUCAGAAGAAGGCUGGACGUCGCAAUCCAAUUGUUUCAGACGGAAAAUUCGGUCAAUAUAAAGCUGGAUACCGAGGAACUCAACCGGAAAUUUGAUUUCGCAUCACUGAACGGCUUGCCGAGCCAUCCAGACUAUACACGCAACGAAUAUCUUGAGAAAAGUCGAGAUGACGUUAUACGGGAUGUUUCCGACUGGAUAGCUAACGCCCCAGAGUCUGUCCUCUGGGUACAUGGUGCCGCUGGCCUAGGUAAAUCGACUGUCGCUCAGGAAUUGGUCCACCUUCUCAAAUCGGAGGACCGCCUUGCUGGGGGUAUAUUUCUCACCAAUCUGACUACAGAGUCCCCCAAGAGGGUCAUCCAGAUGAUCUCCAGACAGCUCGGCGCGAUGUAUCCGCAAGCCAUCGCUAACAUUGCCGACGCUGCAAGGACACUCGAUGGCCCGCACGACGGGCUUAGGGAUUAUUUAACGGCAUAUAUUUUCGACCCAAUUCGUGCGCUUGGGUACCCUUAUCAGCUUGUCAUUGUUGUGGAUGGUCUGGAUGAAUGGGGAAAUUAUGAAUCAUUCCUGGCAGAACUUGUGCACAUUCCGUCGCCCUCUCCUUUAAAAUUUGUCCUGACAAGUCGCUUCAAUUACUCCAUUGAACGGGCUGUCGAUAAAAUGCUAACUCGCAAAUACCCUCUUCCCCCGGCCUCACAGACGGUCAUCGAGAGUUACUUCCAUCAGCACCUCUUACUAGGCAAUAUUAAUUGGAGAGGGCGCAAGCCCGACAAUGACAAAAUCCAUCGAUUGGCGGCUCGUGCAGAUGGUCUCCUUAUCUGGGCAGCAACGGCACGAUCAUUGGUAUCGAAUAAAUUUGACACUCGAUAUCCGCACGAGAUACUUGACCAAAUGCUGUCGUCCGAAGAGAAGAUGAUCAAUCAGAAAGACGGUUCGGAAGACAGGCAGCUUGAGCGUCUAUAUCGCAGUGCUAUUUCGACCUCUUUCCCAACUUCACGCAGUCAAGUGAUACUCAGAAAGUUCCUGGCAGCAACAUUAGUUCUCCAGGAAGCCCUGCCAAUUGGUGAUUUCGCACAUCUCUCAGGCAUACCUAGGCCCGCCGCAGAGGAGAUUCACCAGCGGCUGGCAGCCUUGCCGGCGCAUGGUGAUCCGAAAACUAAUCUUGUAUCUCCAGCAACACAACGAUUUCACGCGUCGUUCGUUGAAUUCAUCACCACAGAGUCUGAUGACCAGGCAUUUCAAGCUAUUAGCAUUACAGAAGCGCACUACGUAUUGGCGAGUAGAUGCCUCGAGAUUGUGUUUGUCGAGUUACUCCCAUCUUUUCGGGGAAAGACUUGUGCUUACGCAGAGCUUCGUGGUGUAGAGCCAUAUGCUGUCAAAUUUUGGCCUCUGCACUUCUCAAGUGGAACCCCACGUCAACAAUUGGCACCACCUAGUGGUGCAGUGGGUAUGGAACUGAUAUCGGAGGAAGCGAUGCAUCGUUGGGCUACACUGUUUCUACCUUGUAUUGCAGCCAGAUUCCAGGAUGGCCAUAUGUCUCAGGCUCUUGACGACAUCCAAAAGUCUGGGCUGGCUUAUGAGAUUGCCAUUAUGAUUGGGAACGAAGAUGUCACCACACUGUCAUAUCACAUUCAGUGUCUCGAGAUUGCCACACGACUUGAGCCAAUUAAUAUGUGGACAUGGAAGGCAUUAGGAUUUGCCUAUCACAGAUUACAUGAACAAAGCCAGUCUAACAGAGACUUGGACGAGGUGAUUACUGCAUUUCGUCAUGGUCUGGAACCAGCACCUCAUCCAGAUCGCGCCGAAUCACUCAAUAGAAUCGCCACUGCCCUUCACACUCGUUAUAAAUGGUGGGGCACUUCAAACAACCUUGAUGAAGCAAUUUCCUUGCACCGAGAGGCGCUUCUUCUUCGGCCAGUACCUCAUCCAGAUCGUGCCGUGUCACUAAAUAACCUUGCCAAUGCCCUUCAAACUUGUUUUGAAGAGCGGGGUGCUUCAAACAACCUUGAUGAAACAAUUUCUUUGCGCCGAGAGGCACUUCUUCUUGAGCCAGCACCUCAUCCAGAUCGCUCCAUGUCACUCAAUAAUCUUGCCAAUUCCCUUCAAACUUGUUUUAAACAGUGGGGUGUUUCAAACGACCUUGACGAAGCAAUUUCCUUGCACCAAGAGGCACUUCUUCUUCGGCCGGCACCUCAUCCAGAUCACUCCAUGUCACUCAAUAACCUUGCCAAUGCCCUUCAAACUCGUUUUGAACAGUGGGGUGCUUCAAAUGACCUUGAUGACACAAUUUCCUUGCACCAAGAGGCACUUCUUCUUCGGCCGGCACCUCAUCCAGAUCACUCCAUGUCACUCAAUAACCUUGCCAAUGCCCUUCAAACUCGUUUUGAACAGCGGGGUGCUUCAAAUGACCUUGAUGACACAAUUUCCUUGCACCAAGAGGCACUUCUUCUUCGACCAGCACCUCAUCCAGAUCGCUUCUCAUCACUCAAUAACCUUGCCAAUGCCCUUCGAAAUCGUUUUGAACAGUGGGGCACUUCAAACGACCUUGACAAAGCAAUUUCCUUGCACCAAGGGGCACUUCUUCUUUGUCCAGCACCUCAUCCAGAUCACUUCUCAUCACUCAAUAACCUUGCCAAUGCCCUUCAAGCUCGUUUUGAACAGCAGGGCAUUUCAAACAACCUUGAUGAAGCGAUUUCCUUGCACCAAGAGGCACUUCUUCUUCUGCCAGCACAUCAUCCACAAGAUUCCAGUUUACUCAGAAACCUUGCUAUUGCCCUCAUAAUUCGGUUCAACGAAGGCAACCUCUUACGUGAUCUCACUGAAGCAAUGUCAUUGUACGAACGACUUCUUGAUUGCCCGGUUGACGAUCCCAAUCGCUCUUGGUCUUUAGAGCACUUGCUUCCGGAGUUAAGGGAGUGGGGUGCGCUGAUAGGUGACCAUGGGGACAUUUUUGGAAGCACUGAUGCAGAGGGAUCGUCAUUGACGUAG